GUUUUAACCAAAAUAAAAAAAAGGGUGCAGAGAAUAAAUAACUCCCAACACUUCUGUGACUAAAUACUCGUGAACCCAGUGAAUAAUUCGAGUGUGUCAGUAUUAGAAUGUCAAUGCAAAUGAGAUGAGAAUUUCUUCGUUUUCCCCCGAAUUCAUCCCGAUGAAUUUCUCAGUAAUGGGAGAAUCCAGCGAUAAAUAAAUAAUUAUAAAUCUCUGAAUUUCUGCUUCGAGAAAAGGCGAUUUGCAAUUGACGUGAUAAGUAGGCGGUAUGCUUUGAUAACAUACCGUUUUAAUUCUGUGGAAUGAAUGAGGAAGAGUUGUUGAAACGAUCCGCUGCCGAGCGGGACAGAAUUUUCAGUAAUUACGAUCGUGGAAGAGAGCCUGGCGCACAGAUUGACUCAUGGGAAGAUCCUGGAUAUGAGGUUUAUCACACAACUGACAGAUAUGGAUUCAUUCACGACAAACGAUUACCACGUAAACACGAGUCGAAUGAAAUUAAAAUGCACCACAUCGAGAUGGAGAGAGUCAAGAAGUGGGAGAAAAUGACAAAACACUGGGACAGUCCAGCGACUAAAGAGAAAUUGAGGAGGAGAAUUUACAAGGGUAUUCCUGAUCGAUUCAGGGGUCAGGUGUGGGCUCUGCUCCUUGGCAUUCAGACACUGAAGCAAGAUCAGCCAGGGAAGUACGAUGAGAUGCUCAAUCUUGCCAGACAAUGGUCAACUGAGAUUCGACAGAUCGAUGCUGACGUUGCAAGACAAUACAGAGAUCAUAUUGACUAUAGGGAAAGAUAUAGCAUUAAACAGAGGUCCAUGUUCUACGUAUUGGCAGCCUACAGCAUGUACAAUAUGGAAGUAGGUUAUUGCCAAGGAAUGUCUGUACUGGCAGGUCUUCUGCUACUCUACAUGGAUGAGGAGGAUGCAUUCUGGGGACUCUCUGUACUCCUCGCAGAUAAGAAGUACUGCAUGCAUGGUUUUUACAUCGAUGGAUUCCCGAAAUUAAAUCGUUUUAUCGAGCAUCAUGACAAGAUAAUGACGAAAUUCCUUCCGAAAUUGAAGCGAAAACUUGACAAGUGUGGCUGUGACUCGAUCCUGUACGCACUCAAGUGGUUUUUCGUUGUUUUCCAAGAGAGAACACCGGUGAGUCUGGGCCUGAGAAUUUGGGAUGUAUUCCUGCUGGACGGGGACCGUAUUUUAUCCGCAAUGGCAUACACAAUAAUGAAAUUGCACAAGCGUUAUCUGCUACCGCUGGAGGGGCUCGAUGAAUUUUGCAAUUAUCUUCAGAUCAAAUUGGAGAAGGAUUUUCGGUACGAUGAUGAUACAGUGAUUAGUGCUAUGGAGAGGAAUCAGGAGGAGUUGAAACGUGCUAAACUGGAUUAUCCUGGGGGACCAUUGCCUCUGGAAUUGCCACGAUUUCCAUUUGGAACAUUUAAAGAGCCAUCAUUUACGAGUAAAGUUGGACGAAGAGCUGAGGAAUUUUCAGAGGCACAAUUGGUCCUUCGAGAGUCCGUUUCACAGCGAAGGGAGCAGGCAGUGACUGAAGAGACUCGCAAUAGUCCAAUUCCAGCUGAUCCUCCAAGUGGCAGUGACUUGGGAGGGAGUAAAUUCUCUUUUGAUCCGAGCAUUGAUGACGGUACGUCCCCCCAUGGCUCUCGUCGAUCCCUGGCUGACACAUCUGUCACUUCAACAGCUGAUUUAUCAGUCUUCAGUUCGGCAACGAGAUCACAAGCCCUCGACAACAGUUUGGAUACUCAGAGCAACAUAUCUGUCGGAUCAUCUGGCAGUGGUGGACUUCCUACCCCUCGUGCUACACCUCAUCAACCCUCUCCAGAUGUUGUCAGAAUUUAUGUACCUUAUUCACCGCUAUCACCAAAUUCCUUCAAGGAGGACCUGCAGAGAACCCUUCCACGCUCGCUUGAGACGAAUAAGAUAAGAAUUAAAAUUGAUCCCGAUGAAACUCCAAUUGUUGAAAAUCUCAAACCAUUUUCUCUUGAUAGUCCAGACGUUGAACUCGAUCUUAAAUAAUUUUUUCAUUUUGUUGAGAAGAGAUCGUAAUGCGAAUGGACAAUUUUGGAGGGACAAUCUCCAGAUGAUUUCACUGUUGUUUGAUGAUAACACUCUGACUCCACUCGGUGUUUAUAGAAAACCAUGUGGGAAUUUUAAUGAAAGAGCGAUCACAAAUGGUGAAUUCAUGAAUCAGCAAUUCUUCGAAAUACUCUGAAGAGGCUGAUUUAUCUAGUUUUAAUGUCACGAGUCAAAUUCUCCGUCUUCGUUGUCAGCGUUUUCAUGAAAAUUAUGAAAAUUUUCUUGAACGUGUUUAUUUAAAUAAUUAAUCCUCGCAGAAAUCACGGGUGUUUUCUUAGUAUUUCUGUAUUCAUUUGUAGCACUCGUCAAAUUUUUCUCUCACAUCUCCGACACAGAGGCGAUGGAAAAAUCAAUUAAUUAUCUUACGUGACACCUGUGUAAUUCUCACAGAAAAAAAAAUGACAAAUACUCUUCGGUUCUAUCGCAGAACAACACAAAACGACAAGUUUAUUUAUUGAUAAUAAUUCGAUAGUUGAAUGAAAUAAGGAGAUAGAGUGUGAAUAAUUAUUUUUAAUGUUUCAUUGAUUAGUGUUAGCAAUAAAUUAUGGAGGUUUCAGAUAUGGGAAUUUUUCAGAGUUGAUUUAGAGAGAAACUUUCUCCUCAUUUUACUUGAUUAUUGAAUUAUAGAGAAAAUGACACUCAUUAAUUUUAUUUUUUUAUUGAGUAUUAUGAGACAAAAGAUUGUAAAAUAAUAAUCAUGCCUAUGGAAAUUGUUCAAUAAUUGUAAAGAUUAGAUCUUGAAAUACUUUCUCGUGAAUUGCAGUUAUUCACAAAUAUAGGAUGUGUUUAAAUGGCAGUAUUUCGAUGACGAAAAUAUGAAGUUGUUUAAAAACAAUGGAGAAUUGAAUAAUACGAAAAUUAAGAGUAACGCGGUAAUAAUUAGAGAUAGAGCUCGAUAUAAAUGUCGAUAAAAAUGGUGUAAUAAAGUUCUAAGAUAAUUAUUCGUGAAAAUCGUAGAACGUAAGAAUGAGCUAUGAAAUUAUUCUUUUUUUUUCACCAUUACGAUAAUAAUUUCGAGUAAAAUUCUGUUUAGUUUAUUUUUUUUUAGUGAAUUUUUCAUUCUAAGACAAU